AUGAAAGUGAAGAUCAAGCAAUGGAAUGCAGUGGCGCAAUGGCGAUGGGACACUGGGAACAAGGAUGCUGCAGACGACGAAGAAGGGGACGUCUGUGGCAUCUGCCGCGUCCCCUUCGAAGGCUGCUGCCCCUCGUGCAGGGUGCCUGGCGACGAUUGUCCGCUCAUAUGGGGAGAGUGUAGUCAUGUCUUCCAUAUGCACUGCUUAUUGAAGUGGAUCGGGACCGCAGCAUCGAAGCAGCAAUGUCCGAUGGACAGAAGACCGUGGGCUACGGCAGAACGAAGGGUUGACAACGCUCCUCCUCCGACUACAUAA